GUAGAUGAAUAACUUUGAUGUUUUGUCCCCUUCUGGACGACCUUCGCACUACUUAGGCACCAUCAGAUAUUGUUUUCGAACGUUUGAAUUAAUUUGUCUCUUUAUUCCACCUGAAUUGUGACUAAGCUUCAAACCUAUCCAUCGCAGAAAAGGUCGAUCACUUUCAUUCAUGCUCACGAUUCUUAAGUUCACACGUUCACCGCAACCAGCUGCAUGGGGCCACUCUUCACCGCCUCUUCAGCAGGUGUCGUCGUCAUUCAUCGGCAGAGAGAAAUCUCCCGCGCACGACUGACUCGACUCAACCGCUGCUGUAUAACUACGUACCGUCAGCAUGCUGGCCUUUUGCCAUCGUGCCACCCACCUUCGCGCGUAAACAAGCUUCAUACGUAUGGAGAAAACGGGUCCGGACCUCUGCUGUUCAUUUCAAUCCAACCGUCAAAGAUAGUUUCACUUGUGCUCUCUCGAAGAGAUCACCCCAGUUUUGGCGCCUCGUUUACCAAUCGCGUGAACUAAACGCCGUUCUAGUGCCGAACCCGGCUGAUAAUGGAAGUCAAAGUGAUCGCAAUUGUACUGACGGCACUUGCGUUGGUCACCGUCGACGCAGGUCCCAUGUACUACAAGAAGAUCGCCGGACAAAAAUACGAACCUGAUUGGGUGGCGGUGUCAUCGACGGUCAUUCCACUGGCCGAGUACCGUGUGAGCGUGGGCGGAGGCGGUGGCGAGCAGAGCUCACUGGUGGCCGAUGACGAGUACAGGAGGGCAUAUUUGCGACACAAGCAACUAUCAGCGGCCAACAAUGGCCUCGUCAAGCUGAAGACAACAGCCCAAGGCGAAUCGGGUACUGGUGCGGGUGCGGCGGCUCGCGUUCAGGAGGAUCCGGACACGUUGAUCACAGCGAAAAAGAAGUUUUUCGAUCGAAAAGGCCAAUGACGUUACGGUGAAUCGAUAUAUAACAAACGUUAAUUACUUACUAAAUUUGAAUGAUGAGGUGCCAACCUAAUAGGAUUAAUGAUCAUGUCGAUUGAGGUAGUUAGAAGCAUUUUGAUCAAAUUUCUGUAAAUAUAAGUAAAAACUUCUUAUCUGCAGAA